UCUAAACCAAAGAAGAAGACCAGUGCCGUUUGUAAUGGCUAAAAACGGGCCACAGAGAUAAACAAUCCAGGUUCCUUUUAAUUUUGGUUAUUCUUGUAGCUAAUUUAGAAUCGUACCGGUUUUUUUAAAGUCGAACUGUGACAGAAAGAAGAUCUCAGCCUCUCUGCUGGACUCACGGCCACACAAACGGAGCAUCUUCGUCUCCUCAGUGAGCUCUGUGCUAUUUCUGCGCUCGCCGGCGUCGCUUUCCGAAGUGGCGACGAUGCCGCUGGGUUUGAAACCAUGCUGCGCAGUUUGCAAGACGAACUCCUCCUCCAUGUGGAAGAAAGGGAAUCAGGGAGAGAUCCUCUGUAACAGCUGCACGGGAAAGAGCGCCGGCGGCGGGGCGUUAGGACCCUCCCUGUCCUCCAUCACUCAGCCCAGCAAUGGCGGGGGGAAACAGUCCAAGCAGGAGAUCCACAGGAGGUCUGCACGUCUGAGAAGCACCAAGUACAAAGCUCCUGCGUCAGAGAAAAAAGUCUCAACAAAAGGAAAGGGAAGAAGACACAUAUUUAAACUCAAAAAUCCAAUCAAAGCUCCAGAAUCCGUAGCAACUAUCAUCACGUCAGAAUCCAUAUUUUAUAAGGGUGUAUACUACCAAAUAGGAGAUGUGAUUAAGGUAAUAGACGAGGAAGAUGGGAAGCCUUACUAUGCUCAGAUUCGAGGCUUUGUGCAGGAUCAGUACUGUGAAAAGAGUGCAGCACUGACGUGGCUCAUCCCCACUCAAGCCAGCCCAAAGGACCAUUUUGAUCCUGGGACAUACAUUGUUGGUCCAGAGGAGGAUCUGCCCAGAAAGAUGGAAUAUUUGGAAUUUGUGUGCCACGCCCCCUCCGAAUACUUCAAGUCCCGGAGUUCCCCAUUCCCUACUAUCCCCACACGACCAGAGAAAGGCUACAUGUGGACCCACAUUGGACCCACACCAGCCCACGCUGUCAAAGAGUCUGUCAGUGGCAGCAGUUAGUGGGACUGUGCUAUAGAUAUGGACUCAGUCUGAUCUUUUUAAACAAAAAUGUACAUUCACAUCGUCCUAGUGCAGUGUCUGCUGUCACAGGCACAUCAGCAAAGGGACCUGUACCAUCAGUGGAGGUUUCAUUGUGAACAGUGAUAUCUGAGGGGACUGUGAUGUCAUCUGUGAGGACACAGACUUAUCUAAAAUGUGACAUUAUACAUUUGUCUUUAAUGAUGCCUACCAACUGGAGCAACGGGCACCUUAAAUGACUGCCAACAGGAAGAAGCCUCACAAAAAUGACUCCACCCCUCAUCCGAAUGACUCUCAAACUUAGCGCUGCACUGACUUGGGUCCCCACCGACACACCUGCCAGGUUUGAAGUAGAACAGACGACUCGCACAUACACAUACAGAGAUUCCUUCAUUUAUUAGGGAGAUAAUGAUCACAAAACCCCAAAAUCAUUACUUCAUGUGUGAAGGCGAGUUGUAAUUUGGCUCUAAAGAUGUGUAACUACUUUUUUUAAAACAAGAUCACAAAUUGUGACACUGAAAUGUGUGGAGGCUUGUUUCCAACAGUAGAGAAACAAAAAAAAAAAAAAAAUCAGCUUUUUGCUAACUCAAAACUGAGAUGAUAACCUGAAAUUUUGAAUUAUGAAUGGCU